AGUACAAGUAAUUCUACCUCCGUGGUACAACCGAAUGCUAUUGUAAUUGUUUGCACUAGUUAGUUUGGGAUGGGAAGGACGACAUUUCACAGCUGCCUCUGCUCAAACACAAGUUACAUCAUGUACAUUCCGAAAGUUGACCGAUCAUUGGAUGCGAAAACCGGCCUCCCGCUCUCCGGAGCUCCGCCACUGAUCGUCAUCGAUACUGCAUAUUUUAAGUCCUGUGACGUGACGUACCUGACUUGCGGUGAAGUAAGCAUAAAUUAUCAUAAGUGGUAAUGCUGGAGUUGUGAUACUGGCGCUAUUGAGAAUGUCGCCAACUGGUUUGGUAUUUUUGAGAUUGAUUGCAUCUGCCAGAAUUGAAGUCAGCAGAAUGGAGCGCAAGUCAAUGAAGGAAACAAAUGGGAACAUUGUGUGUGAUGCUCUGAAUGGAGCUAGCAUGAGUGAGCUGAGUAAUGCUGUCCAGAAAGUUCAGAGCAAGUCAUCCUGGUGGGAAAUGUACGGAGUUGACUGGUGCAUCAUUGCAUCCGGGUUUGCCCUGGUACCCCCGGGUCUGCUGCUUAUUGGCUACCCUACCUGGCCAGCCUUUAUAGCUGGUAUCCUGCUGCUGGGGCUCUUUUAUGGCAUGUUGAAGACCAAGAUGUCUCACCUUGCUGUUCAUUCAGCUCUCUGCCACUCCAAGAUUGCAAGUCGAUUCUGGGAAGUUUUCUUUGUGGAGUUUCUGGGCUCAUUUUCUGUGGAGUUCGCCAAGACGUCUCAUAUCAAAGUUCACCAUCCUCACACCAACAUCAUCGGUUUGGGCGACUCCAGUACCUGGCGAGCCCCUUUCCUGCCCUGUCUCAUCUACAUGUUUGUGGCUCCCCUUCUCCUCCCUGCUUUUAUUCCUUUUCUGGCUGUUGGUUUCCUUGUCCGGGAUAAUAAGCUCAACAGGGCUCUGCAGUGUGCUGUGGUGGUCACGCUGGGCCUGAUUGCCAACAUCUCCCUCCUAGUGUACGUCUCUGGCCUAUCCUUGAAGUCUGCUGUGCUGAGCCUGCUGUCAUACCGUGCUGUCAUGGAGCUACCUUACAUCCAUAUCAACAUCUUCCAGCACAUUGGCCUCCCUAUGUACCUUCCUGAGAAUCGCCCACCUCGUCUGUACAUGAUGUCCUCUGGUGUCCUCAACCUAUCCCACAAUCCUCUGCUGUCCUGGAAUUUUGGGCACUCACUGAUUGGUUGCCACGUCGAGCACCACCUUUUCCCAAAGCUGUCUGACAACAUGUGCCUGAAGAUCCAGCCAAUUGUGAAGAAGUAUCUGCAGGAUCACAAGUUGCCCUACCAUGAGAGAGGAUACUUCAAUCGACUUCAGCACUUUGUCAAGGAGUACCAAGCUCUGAUGGUCAAUCUUCCUCCAAUUACAGAGUUUAUUGGAAUACAGUAGAUUACAUGUAAUCCAAGCAUUAUGUCUUGUCCGUCUCACCUCCUCCAGUUUAAAUUGGCCAUAGUAUAGGAAUCAAUAGGAGGCUACACACUGAUAGUACAGUUCAGAGGACAGACGGUUCAUUUGGACAUCAGACAUAUAUACAGACCAGUAUAAUCAAAGAUCAUACUUUGAUUGCAUUCAGAAUGUAUAUGACUGCUCAAAAUUGACCGUCUUGUUCAACUUUGAGCAAUUUUUUUGCCAAAUUUCACAUCGGGCAGUUUGUGCAUCAUGCAAAAUACAAGAGUUUUAGGAUGUCAUUAUUUUAUAUAGACGCACAGUUACAGUGAAAUCAACUGUAGUAGGUUGGGCAAAUAUACAUUUUGCUUGGAGUCUUUGAAUGUAUGCCAAAGAAGCAGACAAUGUAAUACACUGUGUAAUGUUGAUUGUAUCGUUUUACUAUUUAUCAUUGUUUUAUGGUUUUAUAGGUGGUUAGUGGAUACUUUUUAGAUCGAUACUAUCAUACUAUAAUAACUUCAAAUUGUUGAGAUUUUAUUGUUGUAAAAAAUACGUGAGGUUUGUUUGCAUUCAUUGUUUUUCACUGUUUGUACAGUCAAUGUACAAUGUACAUACAUGUAGCUUGGUUUGAUGAGGUGAGUGAACACUAUGCCUGCCCUAUCGUUUCAUUAACCUAUAACCCCCUAUAGUUCAUUUCUAAUAAAGUACCACAUACCACAUGCAGAAAUUAUGUAUGCAGGUACCAAGUGUUUAAAAAUGCUGAGUGCUGUGCCCACUUGCUGAAGUACUCAGAGAUGCCAACCAUUACUCUUUUGGAGUAAUUGUUAGGAUUUUGAGGCAUGGUACUACUCUUGAAAAUUCCA